AUGCCAGAAACCGUUUCUCCCAUCGACUUCCCCGACCUUCCCUCUGGCCUCUCACAACACGCGCCGCCGGUCGCGUCAGGUCUGAGUGCCAACGUGAACGAACUCGCCAGCGCCUUCCGGAUGGUUGCGACCCCACUCCUAUUGUCUCUACCUAAACGUAUCGUCGUCGAUCAGAAGAACGGUGAUCUCUAUGCUUCGAAGUCGUCGGAGGCGAUGAAGACGCGGGGCUGGUCGUUCUUUGAACAGGAGCAGCAGGAAGUACUCGCGGACAAAAUUACCACGUUGAAAGCAGCUUCAUCUCUUCCCUCUAGCCUCGAGAGCAGGGGCGCCCCACAGGAGGAGUCGCAGGAAAACAGUGCGCAGCUCGCAAGACUGUUCACCCAACUCAGGGCAGUCCGUGGUUAUUCAGAGCGAGCAAAAGAGCUAUGGUCGACCAUCAAGACAUAUGAGGUCGGGAUCGGAACGAAGUCCGAUAGCAACGUCGUUACUGCCACGACCUCCGACGAACUCGACCGUAGUGUUUUGGAAGACAUUCUCGACGACGUCGAGAGCGCGUUGAAGAAGGACACAACUCUGCUCGAUGACGCCGCACGCGAAGAACUCAAGCAGAUGCGACUUAUGCUAGAUAUGGCACGGGACGCGAGUCUCUACGCGAAGGAGGCGAAGGAGACGUAUGAGAUGUUACAAAAAAAAGUGAAAGAUGAGGGUCUACUGGAGCAGACUGAAGCUAUAGCCCAUGCCCCUAAAAUAUUCCUUUUCUGA